AUGGAGCGCCCGGUUUCGAAAAGGGAAAAUGCUUCAGCUCAAGCAGCUCUUCAGGCAGCUCAGGCCUUAACGGGGACCAACGCAGCUACACCGGCCUCUACUCCAGCAACCCCUAUUACAAACGGACAGGAUAUUCAAGGUGGACCUAAUACUGUUUUAAGGGUUAUCAUUGAACAUAUGAUUUACCCAAUAAGUUUAGAUAUUUUAUAUGUGAUAUUCCAGAGAUUUGGAAAAGUGCUAAAGAUUGUGACUUUUACAAAAAAUAACUCAUUCCAAGCUCUUAUUCAAUACCCGGACACACAAUCAGCCCAGGCAGCCAAACAAGCUCUUGAUGGACAAAAUAUCUACAACAGUUGUUGUACACUGAGAAUUGAUUAUUCAAAAAUGUCAUCUUUAAACGUAAAAUACAACAAUGAUAAAUCUAGGGAUUAUACUAAUCCUAAUUUACCAACUGGGGAUACUAACGAUCAAUUGGCAACGUUAAGUGGUGGUUUAGCCGGUGGUAUUGGAGCUGAUCUUUUACUUCUUGCUGCACAACCGAGAUUAGCUAGAGAAAGAUUAGCGGAUUCAAUUCUUGCUGGUGCACCGGGUGUAUUAAGCAACCCGUUUAUGCAUAGCUUGGCAUCUCCGCUAGCAGCUCCAUAUGCUGGUGGAGUCGCUGGAACUCUACCGGGACUAGGAGGGUUUGCUUUAGGACAAACCGCUCCAGGCCUUAGAGGUCUUACGACUCCUGGACUUCCUCUGGCAACAGUGCUUCUAGUUAGCAAUCUAAACGAGGAGAUGGUCACGCCUGACGCUCUCUUUACCCUAUUUGGGGUCUAUGGUGAUGUGCAAAGAGUAAAAAUUUUGUACAACAAAAAGGAUUCCGCUUUGGUUCAGCUAGCAGAACCACAUCAAGCACAUUUAGCUAUUACUCAUAUGGAUAAAUUACGAGUGUUUGGGAAAAACAUUCGUGUGAUGCUCAGUAAGCAUCAAUCGGUUCAGAUGCCUAAAGAAGGUCAACCGGAUGCUGGCCUAACAAAGGAUUACAGCCAGAGUCCUUUGCAUCGAUUCAAAAAACCGGGAUCGAAAAAUUAUCAAAAUAUUUAUCCACCAUCCUCGACGUUGCACCUCAGCAACAUUCCUGCUACUAUUAACGAGGAAGACAUCAAGGAAGCCUUUACUAAAAAUGGAUUUGUUGUUAAAGCCUUUAAGUUCUUUCCAAAAGACAGAAAAAUGGCAUUGAUUCAACUUCCAAGUAUGGACGAAGCGGUGAUAGCACUGAUAAAAAUGCACAAUUACCAACUAUCAGAGUCCAACCACCUAAGGGUUUCCUUCUCGAAAUCGAGCAUAUAAUAACGGGGCAGCGCCGAGGCCCCUCAAUGAAGAUCGCCUGACGUGUGACCUGUAAUAUACAAAAAAAAAAUUAUUAACUCAGUAUUCAUUCCAGCGGGCCGCAAAACGGCGAGCGGCUAGUUGACGCUUAUUUAUUGUUAACGAAGAGUUUUUUCGAAAAAAAUAAUACAUAAAAAACAGUACUCGCAAAAAAUAACGUGGACAAGAACAAAAAAUAACUUUAAAAACAAACUGACAUACACGCAUAUUUUAAGAGGUUUACUACAAGACACAAUCAGUAUAUAUAUAUAGAUAUAAAUAUGUUAUGAUAAAAUUAUAUAUACAUGGAAACAAAAAAAAAAAAAA